GUCAUGAACGUCCUCAGCCGCCACGCCAAAGCCCCCGUCAGCGAGUUCGGGGCCCCCUCGGGCGCGCGCAACUUCCAGGAGAUGGCUCUGGGAUUCACCACGGACAUUGCGAAGAACAACCUGGGCGAGUCCUUCUACAGGCCGUGGGUUCCCUUUGUGACGACCAUCUUCCUCUUCAUCUUUGUUAGCAACUGGACAGGUGGGGAGGUUCCUUGCUCGGCCAAAAAGCGGCUCCGGAUGGGGCAGAUUUGGCUGUGCUUGGUCCUGGAGGCUGUCGAGAGGACGGCGGUGCAACGGCCUGGGUUCAAGCCUGACUACCUGGUCGCACAUCUGGGUACGGAUGAUCGUGCUCCCGUCUUCAUGGCACCUCUGAGCCGGGGUGCUGGGGUUUUGCUGAUUCGCGAACUUCUGCAGCGCUGCUAUGCGGCCGUCGACCCUUCUGAGCGACCGGACUUGUCUUUCAUUGGCGUGCACAGCGCCAAAGUGACCUUGUUGUCCAUCGCCAAGCACUUGCUUCUGGACGAGUCUCUCCGCAGGGAACAGGGCCACCACAGGCCGAUGCCGGGGCAGGCGAUGAGCCGUCUGUACGGCCGUGACGAC